AUGAUCAGAGCCGUUUUAAUUGACUUAAGUGGCACUUUACACAUUGAAAAUCAAGCAAUUCCUGGCUGUGUAGAUGCAUUGAGGAGAUUGAAAGAAAAAGAUCUGUAUGUAAAAUUUGUAACAAAUACCACAAAAGAAAGCAGGAGAGUAUUAUUUGAAAGGUUACAGAGUCUAGGAUUUGACAUAAAAAAAGAAGACAUUCUAAGUUCUUUAACAGCGGCUAAGAAUCUAAUUCUAGAUCGUAAAUUAAAGCCAAUGUUAAUGCUUGAUCCAGCAGCUCUAGAAGACUUCGAAGGACUUGCUUGCUCACCUGCUGAAAUGCCCAAUGCUGUUGUUGUUGGCUUAGCACCAUCUGAAUUCCAUUAUGAUAAAUUAAAUGAAGCAUUCAGAUAUUUACAAAACGGUGCCCAACUAAUAGCAAUUCACGCUGGUAAAUAUUACAAAAGAUCUGAUGGUUUGGCACUGGGACCCGGAUGUUUUGUAAAAGGGUUGGAGUAUUCUGCACAAUGUACAGCAGAAGUUGUUGGAAAACCAAACAAAUCCUUUUUUCUUUCAGUUCUAGGUGAUAGCUAUAAACCAGAAGAAGCAGUAAUGAUUGGUGAUGAUGUUUCCGAUGAUAUUCAGGGAGCAAUGGCUGCUGGAUUAAGUGGCUAUUUAGUCCAAACAGGAAAAUAUAAGACUGGUGAUGAAACAAAAAUAAGCCCAAAUCCAACUGCGACAGUGCCAAGUUUCGUCGAGGCGGUAGAAAAAAUUAUAAGACAAAUCUAA